AUUGCUUAUAUUACUAAUAAAGCUCGUAAUAAAGUCUUCGCCGAAUAUUUAACUAUUAAACACACUAAUUUUAAUACUAUAGCUUCUUUUUUUACUUAUUAUAUUUUAUUCUGUAAGCGUAUUAAAAAUACUAAAUUCAAAAUUAAUAAGGAUUUUAAAAUUACCUUUCUUUACAAUACUGUAAAAAUUACUUACCUUAUUAAUACCAAAUACUAA